GGGAAGCAAGCGUCGCCCUGGCAACGGAAGGGUCCUCACCGGGUUAGCAUCGAGGUUCUCUUCAUCUGAUCCGAACAAACCUGAGGUUUUUAACACGUCAUUUAACGUGUUAAUUCACCGACCCCCCCCCCUCGCUGUGAUGGCCGUCCGUGAUGACCCGUCCGUGUUCCUCCUGACCGUGAACGGACAGAUCGAGGGAGCCGACUUUCCAGAGUACGACAACCUCUACUGCAAAUACUGCUUCGUGUACGGACACGACUGGGCCCCGAUCUCAGGGCUGGAGGAAGGCAUCACUCAGAUCACCUGUAAAGGCAGCCAGUCGUCACAUAAACUCAUAUGGAACUUCCCACUGGAGACAACUUUUAAGAGCACAAACCCAUCAGGAUGGCCUCAGCUGGUGGUGAGUGUGUACGGUCCAGAUGUGUUUGGCAACGACGUCGUCCGGGGUUACGGAGCAACACACAUCCCUUUCACCUCUGGACAACACACAAGGACCAUCCCCAUGUUUGUUCCCGAGCCCACAUGGAGACUUCAGAAGUUCACCAGCUGGCUGCUGGGACGGCGGCCCGAGUACACAGACCCAAAAGUCGUGGCUCAGGGUGAAGGCAGAGAAGUGACGCGGGUUCGUUCCCAAGGCUUCGUCAGCGUCUCCUUUCACAUCCUCACUAAAGACAUGAAGAAACUGGGUUAUGACACGGGGCCGUCGAGUCCAGCGAACAAAGGCUCUGAUGCGUCCGCCUGGUCGACAGAAGAGCAAACCUACAGGAUGUAGGAACACGAGAGACUUUGAGAACUGGUGGCUGUUCAUUUUUUUUGGGCCCUAAAGGAUCCUUGUCCCCCACGAACACCAAAACACAACCCCCCAACUGUCUGUUUGUAAAGUGCAGUGCCACAGCCACAAGAACGGAAGAUGUAAAUAACAUAAGCGCAAACACCAAUGUUUUAAAGGGGACAUAUUAUGAAAAUUCCACUUUUGGGUUGCUUCUUCAUGUUAAUUUGGGUAUCUGGCCUGUCUACCGACCCAAAAACUCUGGAAAAAAACAACCCCCCGCGAUUUGUUAUGGUUCCUCUAAGUCAGAAGUGUUAUGCUUGAGUGACUGCGAAUGAGCUUCCAUAUCAUUCUCUCGUCACAAGCGAAAUGGGAGUCUCUCUUACAUGGCCAUGGGUGCUGUUUUAAAUGAUUCUUGUGGUAUUUUGACCAAAAUAUGUUACAGGCAUUUCAUUAAGAACCAUAUCAACUUGUGGUAAAAUGGGCAUAAUGUCCCCUUUAAAGUAAAAUGUUUAGAAAUUAA